UUUUUUCCUUAGUAUUUUCUCGUUUGCUUCAGAGUAUAAACUUCCAAUCAAAAUGAGUCUUUGGGUAGAUAAAUAUCGUCCCAGCACUCUUGCAAAACUAGAUUAUCAUCGUGAACAAGCCGAGCGCUUGGAAAAAAUGGUUGCCAAAGGAAAUUUCCCUCAUCUGCUCAUUUAUGGUCCUCCUGGAGCCGGAAAAAAAACCAGGGUCAUGGCUCUUCUUAGGGAACUCUAUGGACCUGGAGUGGAGAAGCUACGAAUGGAACACCAAAAUUUUACUACCCCAUCCAACAAGAAAAUAGAGGUUAUGACAGUAGCAAGUAACUAUCAUAUUGAAGUGAACCCAAAUGAUGCUGGGAUUUAUGACAGGAUUGUCAUCCAAGAAAUGAUCAAGAAUAUUGCUCAAGCACAACAGUUGGAUAUUGGUGGCCAGAGGGAAUUCAAAGUUGUUGUUUUGACAGAAGUGGAUAAGUUAACCAAAGAUGCACAGCAUGCCCUCAGAAGAACAAUGGAAAAAUAUAUGACUACCUGCCGUUUGAUCCUGUGUGCUAACUCAACAUCAAAAAUAAUUGCACCGCUUCAGAGCAGGUGUCUUGGGAUAAGAGUUCCAGCUCCUACACAGGAGGAUGUCAUCAAAGUCUUACAGAUGGUAAGCAAAAAAGAAGGAAUUAAUUUACCUGAUGAAUUCGCCAUACGUUUAGCAGAAAAAUCUGAACGGAAUCUCCGAAGAGCUCUACUAAUGCUAGAGGCUUGCAAAGUACAGCAAUAUCCGUUUAAUGCCAAGCAAGAAAUAGUCGAGCCCGACUGGGAAGUCUAUCUUCGAGAAACAGGACAAAAGAUGGUCUCCGAACAAAGUCCAAAAGCUUUAUUAGAAGUGCGAGGAAGAAUCUAUGAACUCUUAUCCCACUGUAUUGCCCCGGAAAUGAUAAUCAAGAAACUGCUUGGAGAAAUUUUAAAAAACUGUGAUGGUCAAUUAAAGGCUGAAAUAACUUCAAUGGCUGCAUAUUAUGAACACCGUCUGUGUCUUGGAAGCAAAGUUAUCUUUCACAUUGAGGCGUUCAUUGCGAAAUUCAUGGCUAUCUAUAAAAGAUUUUUGGAAGAAAGCUUCGCAAAUAUGAUGUAAUACCAGAGUGGUUUACAUUUUCCCUUUACUUAGAAAAUUCCAACAUAAGGCGCAUUACAUACUUGGACAUCAAUUCAACUCUUCUGAAUUUCUUAUUGUUCAACAAGCACAUUACAGUACAAUUCAAGCUGUUGCCUUGUUGACCAAACAGAAAUGAUUUAACUCAGACAGUAUCUGCUUAUUCUUACAUGUAUUAUUUUGAUUUGUUCGUCUAGAAUUUGUCACAGAAUUCGUUCAUGAAUUUACGGCUUGUCUCAUAGGCUAGGAAUAAGGCUCCCGUUCCAGGAAACGUUCUAAUUACUGUUGGACCUAAUCCAUUGUACAGAGCCAUUACACCUUAACAAUAAUGGACCAUUGAUUACGUUAAGUGCAGAAAAUAUGAAAAAGAUCCAGCCUCACCUUCCGUCCGGGCAAUGUGGAAGAGCAUUUUCAUCAUGGGCUGGGAUGCUGCCUGGCUGACUUGCACACGGCUCUUGAUAACAUCAAACGGGAAAAUUGCAACCCAUAACGAAAUUCCGCCAACACCACCACAAAUAAUUGUUCUAAUGGCACCUUUACAUUAAAAUAAUAAUUUCUUUAUUAUUGUAUAGUAUCAACGGUAUGACAAACUGAAAACUACACAAACCUAUUUCGUCUUUGGUUUUGCCGGGUGGAGUGAGAAGAUGCCGACACAGCUCGUAGCCACCAAAGAAACAAAAAUAUCCUGUACAUGGACUGCAGUAUCACAAGCAAGUAAAAGAGUUAUGCAGACCUUAGAUUUUCCAUUACCCAAACCUUGUGUUUCCUGAUGUGCUUGCAACCUGCAUUUAACUAACUCUGUGGGGCACAAAGUAAGGGAGGAGAAGAAUGCUGCAAAAAAACCAGCAGAUGCAUUAGCCAAAGGGCUAAGAUCUUGUACUUUCUGUAUAUCAAUGGCCCAAGCAACAGCUUUUUGGCAAACCCCAUAUCCAGCAAAGAGAACUGAGUUUUCUGCAAUAUUGGCUGCCAAAGCUGGCAUUUGGGAUGCUUUUAAUGUGGUGUGUUGGCAAGGACAUCUACAUUCUGUGGUUGUGAGUGAUGCCACAAGAAGCCUGUCUUUUUUCAUGAAGAAGUUGAGCUUUAAAUAUCGGGAAGACUCCUUUGGUUCAAAUAAUAAGGGUAUUAAUAUGAGUAUGCAAUUUUGAUUUUCAUUAUAUAGAAAUUACAAAACCCACCAUUGAAUAAUGUUUGAUUUGUUUUUAAAUGUAUGUGUAACAACCAACGGACAAUGAUUUUUACAUGCGGCAGUAUGAGAUUUUCCAGGCAGAAUUUCUAGCAAAUCAGCAUUUGAUUGACACAACUGUGAGCAAGGACUCAGCCUAGAGAUUGAGAGCCUCAGCAUAUUAAACUAGCCCAUAUUCCAGUUGUAGCACAAAAUUUGUACAAUCGUGAUUUUUCUGAAAUACCUAAGAAAGUCAAGUAAAUAAAGUUAAGUACGAGGCCUAAGUUAAUGUCACGACAAAAGGUAAAUGUCAAAAAGCAAGUCUUGAAGUUUUUACCUCUAUUGAAUAAUUGGGAUUGCCUGUUAGUAUUUUUUUUAAAUAUUUUUUUGUAAGUUUCUAACAUUUUUGCAAUCUUUAGGUGUUUUACAAGUGAAGAGCGUUUACGAGCAACCGAAAAUUUGUUAUCACUUCAUGAAAUCAUCCAUUUAAAGCGUUUUCUUACACAUUGAUGAUGCAAGAUAAGCUUCUCGCAUUCGCUGAAUUCCUUCCCCGCGGAUUAAAUAUGACAUAUUUAAUUGAUCCAAGUCUAACUGGUGGGAAUUGAUGAUGGAAAUUUAACAUUUAUAUAUUCCUUUGCUAGUUCUGUCUUCUAUCAGUCAUAGAACGUUCUAUGACUGCUUCUAUCAGCUUCUAUGUAGGGAAAAACCAAUUAAUUAUCGGCGCUUUGUAAGAUACGGCAAUGAUGCACGGUCUUCCGGUCCAUCAGCUGAGAGCCAAACCACAUUGGAUUUAGGAGCUAUUUUCAUCAUCCAGGAAUUAUUAUCACCUUGCUCUUAGACAGGAACCUGAAUCCUGAACAGUGUUUUAUUAAUCUUAAUGCUAUAUAAAUUAAUGUCCUAGUCUUACAUUGUUUAGGUAUUAAGGCUGGAAUGUUAAGUACUCAUCCGUGGGUGGAAAUCUAAUUGACAAAUGUUCAAAUUGGCCAAAUAUCUUGAGACAGAAAAAACAUAGCAUAAGUUUUGCAAAAAGGAAAAAGGAGCUUCUGGCAAGACUGUUCGACAAAAAAGUCUGGAUUAGUUUAAACAAAAGUUUAGGGUGAAACUAAAUGUAACUUUCACUUCAGAAAGUUAAACCCUGAAAUACCCCAAAAUUAUUUUAUCGUUUCUUUAAGUAAAUUGAAACAUAAAUUGAUAAUCUUUUUUGUUUUUGCCACCAAUUAAUCUUGUUCUUUAGGGUACCCUAUGUUGAACUGUGUUGCUGAUGAAACAUCCCCUUAAAGACUUCCUUAAAGAUGAAGUAAGAGCCUUAGGUCGCUAGCUCGAUCUGCUCGCAGAAUUACUAGAACGUCAUAUUCGUGCAUUGUAAAAAAAAAAGGCGUUCAUUCCCUUCAACCAAUUGUUAACCCGCGAGGUCUCGUAGGAAUCUCCCUUACGCCACUUUAAUUGUAGCUGACAGUGACUGUAAUUAUGGCCCAAUUAGCCCAUGGUUAUCAAGAGCUGCCCUCUUGGUUCUCCGACCUAGAAACUUCCAUCGUCAAAAGCUUCCAGGUUUGUUAUGGUCGUAGAACAGCAGACGACGGAGUACGUACUACUCGAUUUGAACAGUUGGCGGCGGAAUUUUACCAUCGGGCAGAACCCAAACGGUCGAAGCAUUGAAAAAUGAUAUCGGUGAGACGUAAGUGCUGAUUCAUAUGAUGGUUGAUUAUGCUGCCAACAUGGCAGGAAAGGAGCGUGCCUUGCUUAAUUGGAUUGAAAUCGCGACGUCGGAAGAAGAGCGUCAUCUUCUGGAAGAGUUGUCCAGUUGCAACCAGAAUGUUGCCACGCUACUGCUUAUUCGCAAUGUUGUUGUUCAGGGAGAUUGCCGGAUUUAAAGCUAUGGCGUAGCACUGAGCUGUGAUUAGACACAACCAAUCUGGAAUGUUCUAGCCACCUACGCCCUGAAUUUCAUAUCUAAAUAUUGUAUUUUAUAUUAAUAGGUAAAAAAAAAAAGGGGGGUGGAUGGUUGCUUAUUUUUUCGGUCUUAUUUUUGAAACCUGACUGGAAAAAAUUUCUGCUAGAUAGCUAUGUAGAUUCUCCAUCCAAUUAGCGUUCGGAAUCUGUUUUGGUAUCGCUUCUUGGGUUUAAAUCCUUACAGGAUUGAAAGGCUAACUUUGUCGAAUGCUUUAUUUCGUUUACAUCGCCUAUACUUCAAUAAUUUACAAGUGGGGAAAUGUUGCCUUUAAGCAACUAGAAGGUAUUGUGCGUGUAUAUAUACGAAUCAUGGCCGAAUGGGUGAGCAUUGGAUUUCGGCGUUGUAUGUUUUUGUAUCAAAUCCCAUCAGAGGUAAAAAGAACGUAAUAUUUGCUGA